AUGGACUCCGAGGUCCCGACUCCGACUUUAUCACAUCACCAUCUGGAACGAAUGAGAUUGGAUCUGCCGACGCGGAUGCACACACACAGCCAGCACGAGGCUUUUCGCUUUCUGACCUCAGCGAGACCCGUGAUCCCAUGUGCUAGAUUGCACUGCGCUGAUAAUGACAAGACGAGACAAGAACAAACCAUGUUCAUGACGAGUCUUUGGGUGGCCUGA